CAUCAUCAUCUCAGCCAAAAGAUUGGUGGCAGACUUCGCAGUUCUAUCAAAUUUAUCCCAGAUCCUUUAUGGAUUCCAAUGGUGAUGGUAUUGGUGAUCUAAAGGGUAUCAUCUCCAAGCUCAGCUACCUCAAGGAGAUCGGCAUCAAUGCCACAUGGCUUUCACCCAUCUAUGUCUCACCCAUGGCCGAUUUUGGUUAUGACAUUGCCAAUUUCUUUGACAUACAACCAGAAUAUGGUAGCCUCGAGGAUUUUGAUGAACUCAUUAAGGAGGCCAAUAAAUUGAAUUUGAAAAUAAUUAUGGACUUCGUACCGAACCAUUCAAGUGAUGAAAAUAUUUGGUUUAAAAAAUCCGUCAAUCGUGAAAAGGGCUAUGAGGACUACUAUGUCUGGCAUGAUGGCUAUGUGGAUGAAAAGGGCCAAAGGCAGCCACCCAGUAAUUGGUUACAAGCCUUCCGUGGCUCUGCCUGGGAAUGGAAUGAACAAAGACAACAAUAUUACCUCCACCAAUUUGAUAUUAAACAACCCGAUCUGAAUUAUCGCAACCCUGACGUGGUGGCCCAAAUGAAACGAGUGCUCACCUAUUGGUUGGAUCGUGGUGUGGCUGGUUUUCGUGUUGAUGCCGUACCUUGGAUGUUUGAAGUGCUGCCAAAUGCCACAACGGGCCUUUAUCCCGAUGAACCUUUGUCGGGUCUUUAUCCGGAUGAUCCCUUGAAUUUUGAUUAUCUUUCGCACAUCUAUACUCAGGAUCAGCCGGAAACCAUUGAUAUGGUAUAUCAAUGGCGCCAGCUAUUGGAGGAUUAUCAAAGGGUGCAUGGUGGUGAUACCAGGGUGCUGAUGAUUGAAACUUGGUCGAAGAUCAAUGAGGUUAUGAAGCUCUAUGGUAAUCGCACCACCCAAGGAGCUCAGAUACCCUUCAAUUUUCAAUUUAUUGCUGGGGGACAUGCGGAUUUGGAUAACACGGAUUUGAAGGCCGAUGGUUUUGUGGCCAUUAUUGACAAAUGGAUGGAUAACAUGCCGGCGGGAAAGACACCGAAUUGGGUGAUGGGAAAUCACGACCGCAGUCGUGUGGGUACCCGCUAUGGCGAGAAACGCAUCGAUCUGAUGAAUAUGCUGCAAAUGUUUUUGCCCGGUGCCAGUGUGACAUAUAUGGGCGAAGAAAUUGGCAUGAUCGAUACGGAUCUCUCGUGGGAGGAGAGCGUUGAUCCUGCCGCCUGUAGAGCCAAUUCUGAGACCUAUGAUCAAUUUAGCCGUGAUCCAGAACGUACUCCCUUCCAAUGGAGUACUAAAGCAAAUGCUGGAUUUUCAACAAAUAGCUCUACUUGGCUGCCUGUUAAUCCUUACUAUUUGAUAACAAAUGUUGAAUCGGAACGGGCCAAGCCCAAGAGUCAUUUGAAUGUUUAUAAGCAAAUGUCAGAGCUGCGUCAAACGCGAACAUUGCAGUAUGGCGGACUGCAGUAUGGUAAUGUGGGCGAUGAUAUUUUGGUCAUAAAGAGGUGA